AUGGCGCUGCUGCGGAAGCUCUUCGCCCGGAAGGCCAUGGAUGGACUGUCGCACGUCUCCGAGCGGGUCUUCGUGUUCAACUCCUGCCUGUCGAUCGGGGCCCUCGACGAGGGCGCGCACAGGGACUACCUGACCAGCACCAUCAUCCAGCUCAAGGCCGGCAACCCGCACGCCUCGCUCAUGGUCGUCAACUUCACCGCGGCGCCGACCGGAGCCGACGCCGUGCACUCCCUCCUCGGGCACGGCGCCGCCGCCGUCGUCGCCGACUACCCGUCCAGGUACGGCGGCCACGGCGCGGCGUGGCCUGCCCUCGCGUUCGCCAUGGCUAGCUUGCUGGUGUACAUCGAGGAGGCCGCGCCGGAGCGGACGACGCUGGACGCGGUGUAUGGGAGAGCGCCGGUGGAGCUGCUCAGCGCAUGCUCGGCGCUCGACCCGCGGCCGUCUCAUCUGAGGUAUCUGCAGUAUGUGGCGAGGCUCAGGGACAAGGGGGCCCUCAUGGGCAUGAGGCAGCAGCCCUUCGUCCUCGACUGCCUGAUACUCAGAGCUGUCCCGGAUUUCGACGGCCGCGGCGGAUGCAGGCCGGUUGUUCGUGUCCACGGCGAGCCGCGUGAGCCAUCGGCCGAUGUUUCUUCGACCGAGGUUCUGUUUAGCACGCCAAGGAUCAAGCAACAGUUCAAGAACUACAAGCAGGCAGAAAGCAUGGUGAUCAAGGCUGACAUUGGAUGCCAGAUACAAGGCGAUGUUGUCAUCGAGUGCAUCCAUGUCGGUGAUGAAGGCCACGAGGAGGUCAUGUUCAGCGUCAUGUUCAGCACUUGCUUUCUGCAGUCCAACAUGACGGUUUUCACUCUGGAGGACAUUGAUCUGCCAUGGAACUGCCACAAGGAGAAAUUUCAAGAGGACUUCAAGAUCGAGGUGUUCUUCUCAGAAGUGGAGCUAUCGGACGCUGAUGAAAGCGAGCUUUCCUCCAUCGGGAACGCAGACGAGUUCUAUGACUUUGACGAGAUACUGAUCGAGGAUUCAUAUUUUGACCAAGAUGAUCGCGGAUCGUACGGUGAAAGUUCGCGGCAAGAUCACUAUGAAGAGCCUAACACUAGCACAGAGCAUAGUGAAACUCGAUCAUCAGAUAGCGCAAGUAACAGUUCAGCAGAGAAAGGAGAGGACGGUGAAACCGGGUCGUCAGAUAGCGCAAGUAACGGUUCAGAUGACAAAGGAAACAUUAGCACCGACGAUGAGGCCGAGUUUAUCCAUGGAGAUGGAGUUGAUGUUACUGGAGAAACCAAUGAUCCUAGAUUAGGGGAAACAGGUUAUGCACUGGAAGCUGGAAGCAUCAGUUCUAUGGCGCCAAUCGUUCCCACAACAAGACAUACAAAUGAAGAGAUGGCAACAGAUAUCCAAGAAAACAGAAGUGAUGAAGGACUAAUACCAAUGCAAGAAGAUGGUCAGAUGGUUACACCCCAGCCUAUGCCGAAAACCAGGCAGAAACAAGCUGCCAUAAUCCCAGCGGUUCCCAUCAUCAGGAAGAAGAUGAGGAGACCAGACACCGGAGCAGAUGACAAGAAGCCUGCAACAUCAAAGACGCUCGUUAGAGGGGGCUCGCAGAAGGGAGCACUUGUUGCAGCUCCUAGUUCUUCCAGUAACAGCACGUCUCAAGCAAGGACAAGCCCAUCUCCUCAAAAACACCAUGAGAUUCCGAGCAGGCUCAAGCAAGGAUCAGCAGCUCAGGUAGUAAGAAUUUCUUCAAACCUUUCCAAAGAACAUCUGAAGCACAGUUCGCAGCAACAAGCAAGAGGAGAUCCGGCGGCUCGAAGGCACUCUGCGAGUGGCACUGCCGCGAGGCCAGAGGUGAAACAAAUAGUUUUCACCCGGCAAGCAUCUUCGUCUUUCGCACCAAGUCCUCUAGGCCGAGAGCGAAGCCAAGAUAACGGCGAAUGCAGCGGCAAUCCCAUGGAGGAAGCCAAGAAACUAGUCAUCCAUUCCUCUGAAAAAACGAGGAGUGGUAGAGCGCCAAAACAAGAAUCACCGGUCGUGGAAACCCCUCCUCGUCGAACAAGCACUCUGAAGAAAUCCAUGUCCUCGCCGGCAAUCUCGGCAACACCGGCCGUUUCUUCUUCCCCGGGAAAGAUUAGGACAACGACUUCGCUCCCCGGGGUGAAGACAUCUCGUCCUAGCUCAGGGUUGCACAUAGCUUCUCCUUCUUCCUCGCCUCGAGGGCAAAAACACAGUGUCACGCCGCCUUCAUCUCCGGGAGGAUCGCCGCUCGCCGGUCUCAGAUUCAGCAGAGCAGCGCCAGUUUCUCAGCCUGAUAUGCAGCAGGGCGCGUCAGCUCCGACCAGGUUGCCUCGCCGUGCAUCAUUCAGCGGGUUAUCCCAAUCUGUAGCGACCUCUAGAGCGGGCGAUGUACACGCUGUAUCGCCAAGAGCAUCUAGAGUCAUCCAGAACCAUCGAGAAGGCGUGAAAGGCAGUGGCAGGAGUUCGUCCCCUUCAUCACCGAGAUUGACAACACAGCCAUGGCCAAAGACCACAACAGUAAUUUCCAUGUCCAGCUCUAAAGACACAAGAAGUGGAACUGCACCGGCAAGGCCAACGAGAUUAAGCUCCUAAGCUCUUCUCCGGAAUGUAUUUGUAAUCUUAUUGAAUUCACGCUUUGGUAGAAUGGAAAUCAGUAGUCACAAUACUAUACUUCA